AUGAACACAAAUUUUGCCUUAAUUGGCAUAUACCUUGUAGCCCAUGCAUAUGGCACAGCAAACCCAGGUCCAACCGCAUGUACAAACCUAACAAAUUCCCUGGGUGUUGAAAAAGUCAUCAGCAAUCCGCUCAACCUGCAGUAUCUCGCCAGCACAGAAGAUUACUGGAACGCGCUGCAAAGUGACUACAAGCCCUCUUGCAUUAUUUAUCCUAAAUCUUCACAGGAUGUAUCAGUUGCACUGCAAUCCAUCCGUGCCUCUGGAAGUCGCUUUGCAAUCAAGGCGGGCGGUCAUAACACCAACAACUUCUUCUCGUCUGUCGACCAGGGAGUUCUGAUUGAUCUGAGUUCCCUGAACGCAAUUUCGUAUGAUCCUACUACCACACUCGCGAUAUACCAGCCUGGUAGCACUUAUGGCGAUCUUUAUGAUUACUACGCCCAGUUCAAUCGCACUGUGCUCGGUCCUACACUCGGGGGCGUUGGUACGGGUGCUGGUCUAGGCGGUGGUUUGAGCUAUUUAUCACCCCAGUAUGGCAUGGCUUGCGAUGAUUUCCGUGAGCUAGAGGUCGUAUUACCCAGUGGAGAGAUCGUCAAUGCAUCAUCCGAAUCUUAUCCCGACCUCUUCUUUGGCCUGCGUGGCGGCGGCGGGAACGCGUAUGGAGUUGUCACCAAAUACACCGUUCAGAGUCGACCAGUUGGAGAAUUCUAUGCUGGGAACCUUAUAUAUCUGUUUGAGCAGAGCGAUGCUGUGGCUGAUGCUAUCCGGGACUUUAUGCAGUACAAUCCAGAUCCAAAAGCAAGUAUCAUUGCAACAUAUCUGAAGCUACCAACGCCGGAUCUAGACUUGAACCUUGACGAGGCAAUUCUCAUGUUUCUCGUCUAUGAUGGACUUGAUCCCGGUGACGUAUUCAACAAUUUCACAAGUAUCCCUUAUCUAUUGAAUACCAUGUCCGCGAAGACAUACCCAGAAGUAAUCAACAUGCCUAUACCAUACCUCGCCCAACUAAGCCGCGGGGACAACGUAUUCCGCGUCGGUGUCCACCAAGUCACGGACAAUAGCUAUAAAGCUGCAUUGAAUGCCUGGCGCAAUUGGGCUGAGACCAACAAAGGCAGAUACGAACUUCUUACAUUCGACUUUGAACCGGUCCCCGAGAGCCUGACGGAAGCUAGCAAUGCCCAAAACGGAGGCAAUGCGAUGCAAAUGCCUGCUGGACCAUGGUACUGGAUUAGUUAUAUCCUUGAAACACCUCCUUUUAUGUCUCAGGUUGAUUAUGAUGCGGUGCAGACUAGUUUUAAGGAGAUGGUGGACUCUGUGGGUAAUGCUGAUGGAUUGCCGUUGUUCAUUAACGAUGCCAGUGCUGAUCAGAAUCCCUUGUCGACAUUUUCAACGUUUGCUGAGUUGCAGCAGAUCAAGAACAAAUAUGAUCCCGACGGCUUUUUUACUGGAAAAACAGGGGGUUGGUCUUUUGCGUGA